AUGACAUCGAUCGAAGUGGCGGUGGCCGGCGGCAAUGGCAAGAGGAGGUGGGUGUCGGACGUGGAGAAGACGCUGAAUGAGGCGGACAAGACGGUGGAGGUGGCGCAGUGGGAGCGGCACUGCAUCUACCGCGUGCCGGCGUGCAUCAAGGACAUCAAGAGCAAGGCGUACCAGCCGCAGGUGGUGUCGCUGGGCCCGUUCCACCACGGCGACCCCAACCUGCUGCCCAUGGAGGAGCACAAGCGCCGGGCGCUGCGCCACCUGCUCCGGCGCGCGGGCCGGCCACUGGACGACUUCGUCGCCGCCGUCGAGGAGAUCGCGGAGCAGCUGGAGAGCGCGUACAUGGACCUCGGCGGCGAGUGGCGCGCCGGCAUCGACGGCAAGGGCAGGGAGCGGUUCCUGGAGAUGAUGAUCGUCGACGGCUGCUUCCUGCUCGAGGUGAUGAGGAGAACGGCCGCCGGGAACUUGAAGCAGGUCGACGACUACGCCGGCAACGACCCCAUCUUCAGCCGCCACGGGAUACUCUACAUGGUGCCCUACAUCAAGCGCGACAUGCUCAUGCUCGAGAACCAGCUGCCGCUGCUCGUGCUCCAGAGGCUCGACAACGUCGAGACUGGAAAGUCUCCGAACGACGACUUCAUCAACAGAAUGGUGCUAAGGUUUCUGGCGCCAUUCUCACGGCCAUUGCAGCCAGGCGGUCGCCUAGGGCUGCACCCACUCGACGUCUUCCGCCGGAGCAUGCUCUUCGGCGAAUACCAGAAGAUCCGGAGCUCCGAGGACAACACGCAGGACAACGACAUCAUCCGGUCGGCGGUGGAGCUGUACGAAGCCGGGAUCCAGUUCAAGACGAGCAAGUCAAGCAGCCUGCACAACAUCCGGUUCAAGCACGGCGUGCUGAGCAUGCCGACGGUGCCCGUGGACGACUCCACCGAGUACAUGUUCCUCAACAUGAUGGCGUUCGAGCGGCUGCACGUCGGCGCCGGCAACGACGUGACGGCCUACGUCUUCUUCAUGGACAACAUCAUCGACUCGGCCAAGGACGUGGCGCUGCUGAGCUCCAAGGGGAUCAUCCAGAACGCCGUGGGCAGCGACAAGGCCGUGGCCAAGCUCUUCAACAGCAUCUCCAGGGACGUGGUGCUGGAGCCGGACAGCGCGCUGGACGCCGUGCAGAGGCAGGUGAACGGCUACUUCAGGCAGCCGUGGAACAUGUGGCGCGCCAACCUCAUCCACACCUACUUCAGGAGCCCGUGGGCGUUCCUCUCCCUCGCCGCCGCCGUCUUCCUCCUCGUCAUGACCAUCAUGCAGACCGUCUACACAGUGCUGCCGUUCUAUAAUCGGGACAGCAACAGCCCGCCGUCGGCUCCAUCUCCGAUGUGA